CGCGCGCCGCGGCCCGAGGGUUCGAACCGUGCGCAGGCGCGGACGCGGCGCUGGGCGGGACCGAGGCGGCGGAGGGCCCCGCGAGCCCGGAUUGGAUUCCCUCCACCCGAAGUGCUUCUCUUCACCCCAUCUUUUAGUCCUCUGGUUGCUUCUCAUGCCUCACACGAUACUUCCUUCUGAGAUUAUUCCAGAUUAAGAAGUACAAUGUCUCAGGAAGGCAGCUAUGGGAAGUGGACAUUAUCCAGUAGUGAAGAAAGUGAGGAUGAAAAGCCAGAACCAGAGAAGCCCUCUACCUCUUGUGUCUGCACUGAGCAGGGAGCAGCGCAGGAGCUGAGCUACACCUGCUCCGAGGCCCGGAAAGCUGCACACAAGAGACAGAUCUCACCAGUGAAAUUCACCUAUGCAGAUUCAGUUUCGCCUGCCAAGAAGCAGACAAGUAGUCCCCAGGAUGACCUGGGCUGGUGUCUCUCGAGCAGUGAGGAUGAGCUGGAGCCAGAAACACAGCAAACGCAGGCUGAGCGCACGGUGGUCAGAGAGGGAAAGGAUAUCCCCGCUCCCAAAGAUUGUGCUGCCCACAGAACCGGAGAUCAUGGCCCUCCUGCCAGACACAGGCUCAAAGAGGAGAAAGACGAGUAUGAGACGUCAGGGGAAGGCCAGGACAUUUGGGACAUGUUGGAUAAAGGAAAUCCCUUCCAGUUCUACCUCACCAGAGUCUCAGGAAUUAAGCUGAAGUACAACUCCAAAGCCCUCCACAUCAAAGAUAUUUUAUCUCCUCUCUUUGGGACACUUGUUUCCUCUUCUCAGUUUAACUACUGCUUUGACGUGGACUGGCUUAUAAAACAGUAUCCACCAGAAUUCAGGAAGAAACCAAUCCUGCUUGUGCACGGUGAUAAACGAGAAGCUAAGGCCAGUUUGCAUGCCCAGGCAAAGCCUUAUGCCAACGUUUCCCUGUGCCAGGCGAAGUUGGAUAUUGCUUUUGGCACACACCACACCAAAAUGAUGUUACUGCUGUAUGAAGAAGGCCUCCGGGUUGUCAUCCACACCUCCAACAUCAUCCGGGAAGACUGGCAUCAGAAAACCCAGGGAAUAUGGAUGAGCCCCUUGUACCCACGAAUUGACCCUGGAAACCACAGAUCUGGAGAAUCAAAAACACAUUUUAAAGCUGACCUCAUCAGUUACUUGACGGCUUAUAAUGCUCCUCCUCUCAAGGAAUGGAUAGAUACCAUCCAGGAGCACGAUCUCUCUGAGACAAAUGUUUACCUUAUUGGCUCAACCCCAGGACGUUUUCAAGGAAGUCAGAAAGAUAACUGGGGACAUUUUAGGCUUAGAAAGCUCCUGAAGGAACAUGGCACCUGUAUACCUAAAGCCGAGUGCUGGCCCCUAGUGGGUCAGUUUUCAAGCAUUGGCUCUUUGGGAGCUGAUGAAUCAAAAUGGUUGUGUUCAGAGUUUAAAGAGAGCUUGCUGACACUGAGGCCAGAAAACAAAACUCCAGGGAAAAGCUCUGUCCCUCUUCAUUUGAUCUACCCUUCUGUGGAAAACGUGCGGACCAGCUUAGAAGGAUAUCCCGCUGGGGGCUCUCUUCCCUACAGCAUCCAAACAGCUGAGAAACAGAAUUGGCUACAUUCCUACUUCCACAAGUGGUCGGCCGAGACAUCUGGCCGCAGCAACGCCAUGCCACACAUCAAGACUUACAUGAGGCCCUCUCCAGACUUCAGCAGACUUGCCUGGUUCCUUGUCACAAGCGCAAAUCUAUCCAAGGCCGCGUGGGGAGCCCUGGAGAAGAACGGCACCCAGCUGAUGAUCCGCUCCUACGAGCUCGGGGUCCUCUUCCUCCCUUCAGCGUUUGGCCUGGACAGCUUCAAAGUGAAGCAGAAAUUCUUCUCUGGCAGCCAGGAUCCCACCCCCGCCUUCCCCGUGCCAUACGAUCUGCCCCCGGAACUGUAUGGGAGUAAAGAUCGGCCAUGGAUUUGGAACAUUCCUUACAUCAAAGCACCAGAUACACACGGGAAUAUGUGGGUACCCUCCUGAGACUCCUAAAGCCCUGUGAAGCCUGAGCAUAACAUGUUGGCCCCCAGGCCCUGACUGUUGUGGUUUGUACCUCUUCACUUAAAGACUUUCUUGCACUUCCAUAAAAUGUUUUGCAAAGAUUGCUCUUGUGAACAUGGGUGUUAGUUAGACUUUUAAUGGUCAUUAUUGAUAUUCCUACU